AUGGCUAGCCAAAGCUCAGAUGCAUCGUUUUCAUACCCUAAAGCCUCCUCGAAUCCAUCCUCUUCUUUGGGAAUCCACGAAAAGGCAAACUCUGGCUUCGAUAUUGAGGUGGGUGCUCCCGAAAAUGACACGGACAACCCAGAGGACUUGGGCAAGUUGGGAUACAAGCAAGAAUUCCAUCGUAACUUGUCCUUAUUCAGUGUCUUUUCUGUAUCCUUCUCAUUACUAGGAUUAUUACCAUCCGUCGCUACAACCAUGACCUAUAACCUCGGCUACAUUGGCUCGCCUGGUCUUGUUUGGGGUUGGAUCAUCGCCAUUGCUCUCGUAGAAUGCGUGGCACUCAGUAUGGCCGAACUUUGCUCCUCCAUGCCUACAUCUGGUGGUCUCUAUUACGCUGCUGCCGUCCUCGCUCCUGAGGGUUGGGGUCCUUUUGCUUCUUGGGUUACCGGCUGGUCUAAUUACCUCGGCCAACUCAUUGGCGGCCCUUCCAUUAAUUACUCUACCGCGUCCAUGCUUCUCGGUGCCGUUUCCGUCGCCCAUCCUUCCUACACACCAUCCAACUACCAGCUCUUUCUAGUUACCCUCGUCAUUACCGCAGUCAACGCCUUCAUCGCUUCCUUACCCACCAAGCUCAUUGCCCGCUACAACUCCUUCAGCACUUACCUAAACACGCUCUUUUUCCUCAUCACCUUCAUCGUCAUCUUGGCUUUUGCUGGCAAAAACCACGGUUUCAACGAUUCUCAUGCCGUCUGGGGCGACAUCACCAAUUAUACCGACUGGCCUGACGGCUUUGCCGUCCUAAUGUCCUUUUGUGGUGCUAUUUGGACCAUGUCUGGUUAUGACGCUCCUUUCCACAUGAGUGAAGAAACCGCUAAUGCCAGUGUUAACGCCCCUCGCGGUAUCGUCCUUACUGCCACUAUCGGUGGCCUAAUGGGUUGGGUCAUGCAAUUGAUCAUUGCCUACACCAUGGUCGAUCAAAAUGCUGUCGUUCAUACCGAUUCUUCCAUGUGGGCUACUUACUUGUCUCAAGUAAUGUCCCAAAAGGCCGCCAUCGCAAUCAUCUCCCUAACUGUCGUUUCCUCCUUCAUCAUGGGACAGGGAAAUGCCACCGCUUGUUCUCGUAUCGCUUACUCCUACGCCCGCGAUGGCGUAUUGCCGUUCUCAGACACAUUUGCCAAAGUUAACUCCAAGACCAAAACACCAGUAAACGCUGUCCUUUUGGAUUUUUGCUUCCAUGUAUGCGUCUUGUUUUUAAUUUUUGCUGGCGAAGUCACAAUUGAUGCCGUGUUUUCCGUUACCGCUAUCGGUGCUUUUGUCGCAUUCACUACCCCCAUUUGUAUGCGUGUCUUCUUCAAAGAUAAUAAAUUCCGUCCUGGUCCUUGGAACCUCGGCAAAUUUUCUCGCAUCAUUGGUGCUUUUUCAUGCUUUUUCGUGGCCCUCAUGAUUCCCGUGCUGUGCUUCCCUACUGUUAAAAAUCCUGCUCCAAAGGAUAUGAAUUGGACUUGCCUCGUAUUCGGUGGUCCCAUGAUGUUGAUUAUUCUUUGGUACGCUAUUUCUGCCAGAAAAUGGUUCAAGGGUCCUCGUAUAGGUGGCAGCGAUCCUUAUAUUGUUGAAGGUGUCGACCCCGUUCGUUCAAUUUCUGCAUCCGUCUCUACUAAAAAGUAA